AUUAUUUUUGUAUUGUUUAGUACAUGCUUCAAAGGACCCAAGACCAAGAUGAAAAUGUGGCUUUGGAGGCUUGUGAGUUUUGGCUGACUUUGGCUGAACAGCCAAUUUGUAAAGAUGUAUUAUGUCGGCAUCUUACUAAGCUGAUACCUGUGCUUGUAAAUGGUAUGAAAUAUUCAGAGAUCGAUAUUAUUCUGUUGAAGGGGGAUGUUGAAGAAGAUGAAGCUAUUCCAGAUAGUGAACAGGACAUAAGACCUCGUUUUCAUCGUUCACGGACAGUGGCUCAGCAACAUGAAGAAGAUGGUAUUGAAGAUGAUGAUGAAGACGAUGAUGAACUUGAUGAUGAUGAUACUAUUUCUGACUGGAAUUUAAGGAAAUGUUCUGCUGCUGCUCUAGAUGUCCUAGCCAAUGUAUUUCGUGAUGAACUUCUGCCACACAUCUUGCCCCUUUUGAAGGAAUUGCUCUUCCAUCCCGAAUGGGUAGUUAAAGAAUCUGGUAUCCUUGUUCUUGGAGCUAUUGCAGAAGGCUGCAUGCAGGGUAUGAUUCCAUAUCUUCCUGAGCUGAUCCCUCACCUUAUUCAGUGCCUCUCUGACAAAAAGGCUCUUGUGCGCUCCAUUACAUGCUGGACUCUUAGUCGCUAUGCACACUGGGUAGUUAGUCAACCCCCAGACACAUACUUGAAGCCAUUAAUGACUGAGUUGCUAAAGCGUAUCCUAGAUAGCAACAAGAGAGUACAAGAAGCCGCCUGCAGUGCCUUUGCUACUCUAGAAGAGGAGGCUUGUACAGAGCUUGUUCCUUAUCUUGCAUAUAUACUUGACACUUUGGUCUUCGCAUUUAGUAAAUACCAGCAUAAAAACCUGCUCAUUCUUUAUGAUGCUAUAGGAACUCUAGCAGAUUCAGUGGGACAUCAUCUAAAUAAACCAGAAUAUAUUCAGAUGCUAAUGCCUCCAUUAAUCCAGAAGUGGAACAUGUUGAAAGAUGAAGAUAAAGAUCUCUUCCCUUUAUUAGAGUGCCUGUCGUCAGUUGCUACUGCCUUGCAGUCUGGCUUUCUUCCAUACUGUGAACCUGUGUACCAGCGUUGUGUAAAUCUGGUGCAGAAGACCCUUGCACAAGCCAUGUUGCAUAAUGCUCAGCCAGACCAAUAUGAGGCUCCAGAUAAAGACUUCAUGAUUGUGGCCCUUGAUUUACUCAGUGGUUUAGCUGAAGGACUUGGAGGCAACAUUGAACAGCUAGUGGCUCGCAGCAAUAUCCUGACACUAAUGUACCAGUGCAUGCAGGAUAAAAUGCCUGAGGUACGGCAGAGUUCUUUUGCCUUGUUAGGUGAUCUGACAAAGGCGUGCUUCCAGCAUGUUAAGCCUUGCAUCGCUGAUUUCAUGCCCAUUUUGGGAACCAACCUAAACCCUGAAUUCAUUUCUGUCUGUAACAAUGCCACGUGGGCAAUUGGAGAAAUCUCCAUCCAGAUGGGUAUAGAGAUGCAGCCUUAUAUUCCAAUGGUGUUGCACCAGCUUGUAGAAAUAAUUAACAGACCGAACACACCAAAGACAUUGUUAGAGAACACAGCAAUAACAAUUGGUCGUCUUGGUUACGUUUGUCCUCAAGAGGUGGCCCCCAUGCUACAGCAGUUUAUAAGACCCUGGUGCACCUCUCUACGAAAUAUAAGAGACAACGAGGAAAAGGAUUCAGCGUUCCGUGGGAUAUGUACCAUGAUCUCGGUCAACCCCAGUGGAGUAGUCCAAGACUUUAUAUUUUUUUGUGAUGCUGUUGCAUCGUGGAUUAGCCCAAAAGAUGAUCUCCGAGACAUGUUCUGUAAGAUUCUUCAUGGAUUUAAAAAUCAAGUUGGGGAUGAGAAUUGGAGGCGUUUCUCUGACCAGUUUCCUCCUCCCUUAAAAGAGCGCCUUGCAGCUUACUAUGGAGUUUAACUUCAUGCACUGUAGCUGCAGUCCCAUAAUUAGAGGUCCUUCAGUCUGGGAGACUAUGAGGGAGCCUCUGCACCCAGGGAAAAUGUUACCCUUUACUGGGGGGAAGGGUAAACCAGUAGGGAAUACAGUACAAUCCCAACCCUACUGGGAGGGGCGGGAGGGAGGUGUUGCCGUCACUGUAUUAAGUCGAUGUUGGGAAAUGUUUUAACAUCUGGAGCCUUUGUGGGUGGAAAUCUGUCUCCUAUUACAACUCUGCACUGGAUGUGAAGAAGAAAAAAAAAAAAAGAAAAAAGAAUCUAGUCACAAAACAGCACAUUCUGGAAUAUUGUGGGGAAUUGUACCAAAAUAGAAACCAUAUAAUUGAACCAUAGGGAUACGUAAAGAGGAAAACUAUUUUGCGCACAAUAAAGGAAACCUAAGAAUGGGGGUCACAAACAGUAAAAGGCUUUCUUUUAUCUGUAUGGUUUUUUAAGUAAGGGUUUUAUACAUUAUUUCAUCCUGCUUGAUGGGAUUCCUAGGUAUUUGCAUGUUAAUGAAGAACUACACAAAUGAAGUUAGUACAGUUAAAAUACUGCUUGUGUCUGCAUUAAGAGCAGGCACUUGCAGUGUACCAUAGAGAAAGCCCAUUGUAAUUUAAUAAAGGUUAACUUGGACAUAAUGAAGCAACCCGCAAGAUGCCAAAUGAGUCACUCCUUUCAUUUUUGGGGUAAGGGGAGGGACACUUCAAAGGAAAGAUUGACAUCUUAAUUUUUACAUUAAAAGAAAGAAUUACAGUAGUGGAUAUGAGUUUAUUAUUGUACUUCAUUAGAUUUAAUUUCUAGAGUAAGGCAUUAUUCUUAACGUGCAGUUUAAGGUUCAGGCAUGUGUUCUGGCUCAUAGUGAUCAGAAGUAAUUUAAAUUAGUGGGAAAGUAGCAUGCUUGCAUCACAUAGAGUGAAAUUGGUAUACAUUUACCUAUGUUGCGCCAGUUUUGUGUUGCCGUUUACCAAUUCAAUAUAGCCCUGCAUUUAAAAUUAAAAUUCCUUUUUUAAGACUCUGUGGAUUUUAUUUUUAUUAAGAAAAUAGAUAUAAAGUACUGUAGUUAACAAUUAGGCCUUGAAAUACCUUUUUAGGAUCUGUUAAGAAUAAGAUUGAUAUUGUAAUGUGUGUAACCUGCACAAUGUGGAAAGCUGAUAUAGCUGUGCAAAAUAUUUGCCUCUGUGCUGUCAGUGUGAUGUGCUUUCUGCAUGGUUAUAUACUAGUGAUUUUCUCAGAAUCUCUAAAAAUGAGUUACAUGGUAAGACCCAUUAAAGGCUGCAUAAAUGUUAGAUGGCACGUAAAGACAAUUGUAGAAGUUGAAGACAUGAUUGCUAUAUUUGUGUUUAUUCCCACUCAACAUAUUACCUUCUGCGCUUUCUUUUUGUUCAAAGCAUGAUCUUAAAAGAGAUGUUUAAGUUAAUGGGUGUAAUGCAGGGUAUCUACACUGUAUCGGCGCAUGUUGGUGGCCCUUUGUGAUGUAGUUAAAUGCACAAGGGUGCAAGUUUAAAGCUACAGAGUGAAAGCUGGUUUGGAUCCUCUUCAUUUCAUUUGUUUAGCUUUUCUGUUGUGUUUUUUUCUCUACUUACAUGUACUCCUGUGAAUAAAUCCUUGUUAAGUUAACCCUUUA